GCUAACUCUCCGGCCUCGAAGCGCGCGCUGAAGCCGUCGCCCAUGUCGGCCGCGCCCUCGCAACUCACCGUGUCCGGCGACCCGACGACGGGCCUCUCGGGGCUGCACCAACCCACCGCUCAGCAGCACCAGCCUGUCGACCCUUUCGGCGCCUAUACCCACGUUCCGCAGUCCACCACGGCCUCGACGGCGCCCGCCGUCCAGCCGCAGGUGCCGUCGCCGACUAACCCGCGCAAGCGCCGCGCCUCCGGCCAGCACUUGGCGCCGAACACCGGCUACGGCGAUCCGGCAGCCGCCGCCGCGCCCGUGGGCCUGGCUGCGCCCGAGAAUGAGUCGCCGACGCAGCUGCAGCUGCAGCUGCAGCCGCCGCAGAAGAAGGGCAGGACCAACACACCGUGGACGGCGGCCGAGGAGCAGAGGCUGAAGAUCAUGCGCGAUGCGGGAAACAGCUGGAGCGAAAUCGCAAAGACGUUUCCUACCAGGACCGAAGGUAGCGUGAAGAAACACUGGUACAAGGACAUGCACUAUGCCGAAUUCGCUGAGGACGAGAGCGCCGCGCUGCUAGCGGCCAUUAAGGAAUACGAAGCCAGCAAGUGGAAGGUCAUAGGCGCAAAGGUCGGCAAGCCCGCAAAGGCUUGCGAGCAGUAUGCGAAGGAGCAUUUUGGCGGGAGG